GAUUAGGUGGUGAAGAAGGAAAUCUUCAUUGGUGGGCUUCCUUAUCUUCCCCACUCCAAUUUGUUCUUCUUCGUUUUCAUGUCUUCGUUGUCUAUAUAGACCUUCAAUUCUUCAUCCUUCUUUCUUCAAUCCCCAAAGCUAUGCCUUCCACCGCCAUUUUCUCACCUUCCUGUUCAUCCUCUUCCCCUUUCACUCCCUUCGCAUUCUCACCCUCUUCUUCUUCUUCUUCUUCCAAAGCCUUUUUAGCCAUCGAUCACAAGCAAUUUGGCUCCCAUUCCUCCAAUUUCAGACACCAUCACGCCAAUUUGAAAAAGAACUCUCUGCUCUUCAGGAAGAGUUUCAGAACAGUCGCUGUUCCCACCAUGGCUGUUUCAAUCGAGAAGGAAACCCCCAUCGCUGAACGCCCUGAUACGUUCCUUACUGAGUACGACGAGGCUACUGGAGGGAUCUCUUCGGCCUCCUCCUCUGUUAGGGCUCGCUUCGAGAAGAUGAUUAGGGAUGCUCAGGACAGUGUUUGUGACGCCAUUGAGAAAGCGGAUGGAGGGGGUAAGUUUAAGGAAGAUGUUUGGUCCAGGCCUGGUGGUGGUGGCGGCAUCAGUAGGGUUCUUCAGGAUGGUGCUGUGUGGGAGAAGGCUGGCGUUAAUGUCUCCGUUGUGUACGGAGUUAUGCCUCCUGAUGCUUACAGAGCCGCCAAAGCUGCCGCUGGUGAUCAGAAGCCUGGUCCCAUUCCAUUCUUUGCUGCCGGCAUUAGCUCAGUUUUACAUCCUAAGAACCCCUUUGCACCUACUUUGCAUUUCAACUACCGAUAUUUUGAGACUGAUGCUCCCAAAGAUGCUCCUGGUGCACCCAGGCAAUGGUGGUUUGGUGGUGGGACUGAUUUAACCCCGUCUUACAUCUUUGAGGAAGAUGUCAAGCAUUUCCAUUCGGAACAAAAAAAAGCCUGUGACAAAUUUGAUCCAUCCUUCUAUCCUCGAUUCAAAAAAUGGUGCGAUGACUACUUCUAUAUCAAGCACCGAGGCGAAAGACGAGGGCUUGGAGGAAUAUUUUUUGACGAUCUAAAUGACUAUGAUCAGGAGAUGCUUCUAUCAUUUGCCACCGAGUGCGCCAGUUCUGUGGUUCCUGCCUACAUACCCAUCAUAGAGAGAAGAAAGGAUACCCCGUUUACUGAACAGCACAAAGCAUGGCAACAACUUCGCAGGGGCCGUUAUGUCGAAUUCAACUUGGUUUACGAUCGUGGUACUACAUUUGGACUGAAAACAGGAGGUCGGAUUGAAAGUAUUUUGGUAUCGCUCCCUCUAACAGCAAGAUGGGAAUAUGACCAUAAACCAGAAGAAGGAAGUGAAGAAUGGAAAUUACUGGAUGCAUGCAUCAACCCAAAAGAAUGGAUCUAAUAUUUAAUUUGCUUUGCUUAAAGUAAGUACUAAAAAUAGGUUCAGAUGAGCAAUAUGGGUUUCUUAAAGAGGACCCUUAAUGCGGCUUCUUUGCUCACUCCCCAUUCUUUCCUGAUUUUGCGUCUGUAUGUUUGUGUUCCUUUUCUUUUUGUUGGCUGUAGCUUUCAAAAUUAUGUAAUUUAAAUGUAGCACUUGCAGAGUAGCUUGUUUUAGCGUUUUUAAUAAAUUGAAUGUCUGAUUGUAUUGUGAAAUAAGCGUCUCAUCAGACUUUUAGAAUUUGUCAGAAAA